AUGCAAACUCGAAUGUGCCCUGACGAUGUAGCCUGGGAACAAGCCGAGGAAAUAUCGGACAAUUGGCUGACUCAGUUUCUCAAAAAUGAGGUCUUGAGACCGAUCGGAAAUUUCAUGCUUGACCAUAAUGGAGGCAUUGGGACCGAGUUUUCUAUACUCAGAAAAGCUUCUCACAAUAUCUCCUUGCGACUGAAGGACGAAAAUGAAGCCACAAUUAUCCGCUUAUCGCAGCCCGGUGCCGUUUUUUUCCCUGAGGAAAAGGUCGUGAAUGAGAUUGCUAUCAUGCGAUUUCUCACAGACAAGACUUCUAUACCCAUCCCUUCUGUUCACCACUCAGGAACGAAGAAGGAAAGCCCCCUCGAACUGAGUCCGUUUAUUAUAAUGGAUUCUAUUGAACAUGAAACGAAAAUGUACGACGCACUCAAUAUAUCGGGAUGUCCAACCGAUGAACGCGGAAUUCUGGACCCGGCUAUUGACGAAGAUCGGCUUGAGAUGCUAUAUGGGCAGCUAGUUCUUCAUAUCUCGAAGCUCUCGCGGACCUUAACAUUGAGCAUCUCGUACACUAACGAAACGAUUCUGUGGAGUCCGCAGAUGACUGCCGUCGGAAAUUUAUUGCAAGAAGGCUUUUUAGUAAGCUUGCUAGGGACAAGCGACUCACCAAUCCUUUACUCGAUAAAGGGCCCUCCAAAAUAUGACUGGGAGUUCACAUACGCAGCACCCGUUGAGUUUUCUUAUGCCCCGCCAUGGUGGCUGCUUAUUGAGAAGCCUGAGUAUUGGCCAAAAGGGCUUGAGGACUGGAACAGGGUCUUUGAUUACCGCCUGAAGACAUUCCUUAAGGUGAUGAAGGAGUAUGAGGGCAGCAUGUUCCAAAAGGGCCGGUUGAAAGAGGACCAGCGCCUCUCCGGUCCUAUGUGUCAGAGCUGGGAGAGUGGGAACCUCUGGGUUAUUUAUGGAGCAUUGCAUAGUUUUGCGUUUGAUGUAAUUUACUGGCAGAAGAUCGACCCACGCUUUUUCGGGCCGUCAGAGGACCCCGAGACGGCCUGGAAAGAGAGACUCGACCUGCUGGAUGAAAAGGAAAAAUAUGAUAUGGAACAACUGGUGGCGCGAAAGAUGAAGGAGAUGAAGACCAGAAUUCUGGCGUGGGACCCCGAUGAGAUCGAACUCGAACAGGCAUACUCACAGGAAGCAUCGGUCGCGGAGGAAAAGAGAAAGUAA